CGAGGCGUGGACAGCGAUUGGACGGGCGAGGCGCGCCCGGGCAAAGGAAUCGACAAACCAGAGCUGCAAGUACAAAAGCCUGCGUGCGAAGUCGGUGGUGCGUUCGCUGCAUGCAAAUAGCACAACCACUUUUUCGCUUCGCCACGGAGGAGCAGCAGCAGGUGAGAGGAGAUCGGCUUCCCACUUCUCUCCCCUCCUCUCUUCUUCUUUGGGUUUCUCCGCCUCCGCCAAACCCGCGAAAGCAUAGCCCAGCUAUGGGUGCAUCUAACAGCCGCCCUGUGACAUCAAAGUUUACUGAUGGAGGAGAGACUGAUAGAAUUAAUUACGCUGUGUCAUCUGUGCAAGGACGGUGUGAGAAAAUGGAAGAUGCUUGUGCAGCUGUCCCAGAUCUAGAUGGUACCAAGUCCACAUCAUUCUUCGGUGUUUAUGAUGGCCAUGGAGGAGCUGAAGUAGCACUGUAUUGUGCGAGACAAUUUCAUAAUGAGCUGGUCAAUGAUCCAAAUUAUCAAAACAAUCCUGCUAAUGCAAUGCGGAGUGUGUUUUUCAGAAUGGAUGAUUUGAUACAACAAUCAAAUGAAUGGAGGGAAUUGGUUAAUCCUCGUGGUGAUGGUGGUUUUAUACCGUGUCUCAAGACUGGUGUUUGUGCUAACGUUUGGCCCUUCAACCAAGAACAGGCACCUGAAGGAAGCACAGCAUGUGUCGUUCUCAUCAAAGACAAUCAGAUCAUUGUUGGAAAUGCUGGUGAUUCUCGUUGUGUACUCUCAAGUAACGGUCAGGCAACUGAUCUAUCGACCGAUCACAAACCGAACCGUUCGUAUGAAAGCCCGAGAAUUGAGAGAGCAGGAGGACAUAUAGUCGAGAAUAAACUACGAGGGUUAGGAUGGGUAGCCCUCAACGGUCAUCUAUUACCUAUCUCCAGAGCAAUCGGUGAUUCUAUAUUCAAGCAGAACGAAAAUUUCCCUCCUGAAAAACAGAUGGUGACAUGUAAUCCUGACAUUCGCACUGUGGACAUCGAUGAUAACACUAAAUUUCUUGUUAUAGCAAGUGACGGCAUAUGGAAUAUUUUGUCAAGUCAGCUUGUGGUCAAUCAUGUACACCGGUGCUUAAGAUCUGGGCAGACAGAUCUGUGUGUUAUUUGUGAGGAACUUAUUGGUCGCUGCUUGCCAUCGAAUGACAACAUGACCGUCAUACUGGUUCAGUUCAAGUCUGUUGCCGGGAAUCCUCACCCCAACCCCAGCGUCAAUACCCAGGGCACUGACGCCGAGAUCGAGGACUCCAACGACGACAUCCAGAUCCAGGGCCCCUGACAACGAAUGGCGACACCUCUCCUGAUCUAAACUUGCUGUCCUGGUUCGGUUUUGCUGCGCAGGGUUUUGAGCUUUGAUCAAGAAACGGGGGCUCCAGAUCUUGAAAGAUUAGAGCUCUAGCUAUUUCUCUUUGUCGAAGACGAAGUUGCUGCUUUUCUCUCAAAAAGGAAGAAACAUGUAAUGGCAAUGCGUAGGAUGAAACCGUAGGAGUAGUUUCUCGUACUUUCGUUAUGCCACCUGGGCUGGGUACGUUAUGCAGUAGUACACCUUGCUUGUGAGCCACAUUUGAAAUUUUGAAGUAACGCAAAUUUCUGGUUUCGA